UGUGAAGAAAUAAGUAGCGAUGAUCUUUUCAAUUGCGCGAUUCUUACCGCAAAAGCAAGAGCCAGGGAAAGUGAUAAUACCCUCUGCAAUUGUGCGGAAAGUGACCGAAUCACCGAAAAGAAAUUGCCACGCUUGCCGCAAAAGUUCACUUAUACUAAAACGAAAAGCGAUAGCCUCGAGCUGAAUGACGAUAGCUUCGAAUUUGAUAUUGACCCCGUAAACGACAAGCAACUUUUUGGGUAGAUUUUUUUCGCUCGGAUUAACAUGCAGAUUUGUAAUGCAAAAAAAACUUCACUUUCAAGAACACAAGAAGUAGUAUUAUUUUUGAUAUUGUCUUGCGUGAUGUAAUUUCUACUCCGUAGUUAGCUUGAUCGCAUCCACAUCGACACAUCAACAAAAGCACUACUCUGCGUUGCUUCGAGGCAUGUUGUAUCCGCUUUCUGUGUUGCGAAAGCAUAGCAGUCAACUUCAGUGUAGUAAAUUCACAACAAAAAUGAUGUGCACCCAGCUGACAGCACAACUGAAAAGUAAAAAAAAUAAACGCAUCCCGCAGCGGUGGGAAGAUAUCCGCUGUCGAAAUGCCAUCGCGCUUCGUGCUGGUGCAUUAACUUAUAUAAUUUCUCCGUCUUGCAAGCCUUUUCUCGAUGGUUGUGCGCAGCAGCACAGAUCUUGAGUCAAAAAGCACUAGGCUGUUAGUUGUAGAUAUCGCAGGGGGCCGCAUCCUCGUAAAAAAAACGCUUAAUUAUGUGCCGCGUUCAUAGAAAGUGCAAGGAUCAUGAAGCUCAAGCAACGACGUAGAGAUCUAUCGUAGUCGGUCGUGAAAAAAUAGCAUCAAGCUCGGCACCUGAUCAGUUACAAGGUCAAAACCGCACCAAGUACUGCUCUAGUCGUUCCAAUGAUAAUA